CUCUACAUCUCAGUCCACCUUCUCUCCAGGAUAAGCAGAUCUCGAAAACAGCCAACAUGUCAAUGAGAUCCACCACGAAGACCAUUCGCUCCUCUAUAAGUGGAGGCUACGGUGGAGGCUUCGGUGGAGGCCUUGGUGUAGGCCUUGGUGGAGGCAGCGUGGGAAGGUCAUAUUCCUCAAGUGUGUAUGGCGGUGCAGGUGGCAAGGGCGCUAGAAUCUCUGUGUCCUCUGGCGGUUUUGGAGCAGGAGGUGGUGGCGGCUAUGGUUUUGGCUAUGGAGGGGGUGCCGGCUUUGGAGGGGGUGCCGGCUUUGGAGGGGGUGCCGGCUUUGGUGGAGGUGAUGGCAUUGACCUCCAUGUUGGAGCCAAUGAGAAGGCCACCAUGCAGAACCUGAACGACCGUCUGGCCUCCUACCUGGACAAGGUGCGCAGCCUUGAGAAGGCCAAUGCUGAGUUGGAGAUCAAGAUCCGCCAGUUCUUGGAGAGCAAGACCGCCCCCAGUGCCCGUGACUACUCUGCUUAUGAGGCCACCAUUGCUGACCUACAGGGAAAGAUCCAGGAUGCCACCCGUGUCAACGGAGGCAUCUAUCUGGCCAUUGACAAUGCAAAACUGGCAGCAGACGACUUCAGAACCAAGUUUGAGAAUGAGCUCGCCAUGCGUCAAUCAGUGGAGGCAGACAUCGCCGGUCUGAAGAGACUGUUGGAUGAGCUGACACUGGCCAGAUCAGACCUGGAGAUGCAGAUUGAAGGCCUCAAGGAAGAGCUGAUCUUCCUCAAGAAGAACCACGAGGAGGAAUUGGCGGCCAUGAGGAACCAGAUGACUGGACAGAUCAACGUGGAGGUUGAUGCAAAGCCACAGGUAGACCUGUCCAGCAUUAUGUCUGAGAUCCGUGAGCAGUAUGAGGGUGUGGCUGCCAAGAACCAGAGAGAACUUGAAGCCUGGUUCCAGACAAAGACAGAGACGCUGAACAAGGAGGUGGCAGUCAGCACAGAAAGUCUCCAAACGUCCAAGUCAGAGAUCUCUGAGAUCCGUCGCACACUGCAGGGCCUGGAGAUCGAGCUACAGUCACAACUGAGCAUGAAAGCGGCCCUGGAAGGCACGUUAGCUGACACAGAGGCACGUUACAGCAUGCAGCUCCAAGGUCUUCAGAUGCAGGUGACGGGCUUGGAAGAACAAAUGGUACAGCUGCGUGCUGACAUGGAACGCCAGGGCCAAGAGUACAAAAUGCUGCUUGACAUCAAGACACGACUGGAGAUGGAGAUCGCAGAAUACAAGAGGCUGCUGGAUGGAGAGGGCAGUGUCGGUAUCGGUUCUUCAAAGAGCUCCAGUACAAAGAUGAUUGUGGUCACAGAGGAAUUGAGGGACGGCAAGGUGGUGUCCUCCUCUACCACCACCACAUAAUCUGUCUUAAACAGCAAACGCAACACACGGGGCAACACCUGGAGGCAACAAGCUCGAGAUCUGAAUACAAGACUACCUUCACAUGUGAAUGUGAAUGCAAUAAAAGGCUCCUAGUUUGCUGACUA